GCGGGCCAGCGGGGCGGGCUCUCCGAAAGCCGUCGCGGUGGUCCCCGAAGCCUGGUCAUAAAUAAUUCAAGAGCUGGGGCCUGGCGAGCUAAAGGAAGGGCGGCGGCAGCGGUGACUAGGGCGGGAGCAGGAGCGGGAGGCGGGUGCACUGUGAGUAGCUUCGUCCUCAUCCCGGAGCGAGAGAGGCGUCGGCUGUCCAGGCGCGGGGCUGAGCGCACACCUUCCACUGUCCUGGGGGUGUGCCGUGAGGAGUGGACGGGCUCGCUCGGCGUCCCCUUUACUCUGGCCAUCUGCGCCGCCUCCCUGGCCCCGCAGCAGGCGGUGCGGGCCGCGGCAGCCGCUGGGGGCCGGAGGGACUACGGGGAGCGCGUCGUGGUCCAGGUGCCCGGCCACCCCAAACUUUUUCGGCUGAGUGGAGGCCCGGGCCGCCCCGCUUGGGUCUUCCUUCCAUCCACUGGAGCUGGGGGCGCUGGUGGGGGUAGCCGGCGGCUGUGGUUCCGGAGCCGAAGUAGGAGGUGGGUGUGCGCACCGGACUGGAGCCCCAGAGACUUCGGACUCGCUCUCGGUGAGAACGGUGAUAGAGAGAUGGUGCCUUGAGUGAAUGACCCCCUUGGAGAACAUUCUUCUGUAUCCCUCACCUCAAGCCAGCCCCAGCCAGAAAAGGAAGAUUCAGCAGAUCCAGUCCUUGCUGCUCCUCUUCUGCUCAGGAACACACUUGUCUUCCCCAAGGCUUCCAGAAGCUCUGAGGCAGGAGGCACCCAGUUCUACCUCAUGUUUGGAGGCUCUUGCUAGCUAUGGCCCUUGUACUCGGCUCCCUGUUGCUACUGGGGCUGUGCAAAAACACCUUUUCAGGAGGCCAGGCUUCAUCCACAGAUGCUCCGAAGGCUUGGAAUUAUGAAUUGCCUGCAACAAAUUAUGAGACCCAGGACUCCCAUAAAGCUGGACCCAUUGGCAUUCUCUUUGAACUGGUGCAUAUCUUUCUCUAUGUGGUACAGCCGCAUGAUUUCCCAGAAGAUACUUUGAAAAAUGUCAUACGGAAGGCACUUGAGUCCAAAAUUAAUUAUGAUGAGCCAGAAACUGUCCUCUUAGGUCUGAAGAUUGCCUACUACGAAGCAGGGAUUAUUCUGUGCUCUCUCCUGGGACUGCUGUUUAUUAUUCUGAUGCCUCUGGUGGGGUAUUUCUUUUGUAUGUGUCGUUGCUGUAACAAAUGUGGUGGAGAAAUGCACCAGCGACAGAAGGAAAAUGGGCCCUUCCUGAGGAAAUGCUUUGCAAUCUCCCUCUUGGUGAUUUGUAUAAUAAUAAGCAUUGGCAUCUUCUAUGGUUUUGUGGCAAAUCACCAGGUAAGGACCCGGAUCAAAAGAAGUCGGAAACUGACAGACAGCAAUUUCAAGGACUUGCGAACUCUCCUGAAUGAAACUCCAGAGCAAAUCAAAUAUAUAUUGGCCCAGUACAACACUACCAAGGACAAGGCGUUCUUAGAUCUGAACAGUAUCAAUUCAGUGCUAGGAGGCAGAAUUCUUGACCGACUGAGACCCAACAUCAUCCCUGUUCUCGAUGAGAUUAAGUCCAUGGCGACAGCAAUCAAAGAGACCAAAGAGGCCUUAGAGAACAUGAACAGCACCUUGAAGAGCUUGCACCAACAAAGUACGCAGCUUAGCAGCAGUCUGACCAGCGUGAAAACUAGCCUGCGGGGCUCUCUCAAUGACCCUCUGUGCUCUGUGCGUCCAACAAGUGAAACCUGCAACAGCAUCAGACUGUCUCUAAACCAGCUGAAUAGCAACCCUGAACUGAGGCAGCUUCCUCUCGUAGAUACAGAACUUAACAACGUGAAUAAUGUUCUUAAAACAGAUUUGGGUGGCCUGGUCCAACAGGACUAUCAAUCCCUUAAUGACAUACCUGACAGAGUACAAAGCCAAACCACGUCUGUCGUAGCAGGUGUCAAAAAAGUCUUGAAUUCCAUUGGUUCAGAUAUCAACAAUGUAACUCAGCGUCUUCCUAUUCAGGAUAUACUCUCAGAAUUCUCUGGUUAUGUUAAUAACACCGAAAGUUACAUGCAAAGACAUUUACCCACAUGGGAAGAGUAUGAUUCAUACUGGUGGCUAGGUGGUCUGGUCAUCUGCUCUCUGCUGACCCUCAUCGUGAUUUUUUACUACCUGGGCUUACUGUGUGGCGUGUGCGGCUAUGAUAGGCAUGCCACCCCAACUACCCGAGGCUGUGUCUCCAACACCGGGGGCGUCUUCCUCAUGGUUGGAGUUGGACUAAGUUUCCUCUUUUGCUGGAUAUUGAUGAUCAUUGUGGUUCUUACCUUUGUCGUUGGUGCAAAUGUGGAAAAAUUGAUCUGUGAACCUUACAUGAGCAAGGAAUUAUUCCGGGUUUUGGACACACCCCGCUUACUAAAUGAAGACUGGGAAUACUAUCUCUCUGGAAAGCUAUUUAAUAAAUCAAAGAUAAAGCUCACUUUUGAACAAGUUUACAGUGACUGCAAAAAUAAUAGAGGCACUUACGGCACUCUUCACCUGGAGAACAGCUUCAAUAUCAGUGAACGACUCAACAUUAAUGAGCAUACUGAAAGCAUAAGCAAUGAACUGGAAAAUCUGAAGGUGAAUUUCAAUAUCUUUCUGUUGGGUGCAGCAGGAAGGAAAAACCUCCAAGAUUUUGCUGCUUGUGGAAUAGACAGAAUGAAUUAUGACACCUAUUUGGCUCAGACUGGUAAAUCCCCUGCAGGAGUGAAUCUUUUGUCAUUUGCAUAUGAUCUAGAAGCAAAAGCAAAUCGUUUGCCCCCAGGAAAUUUGAGGAACUCCCUGAAAAGAGAUGCACAGACUAUUAAAACGAUUCACCAGCAACGCGUCCUUCCUAUAGAGCAAUCACUGAGCACUAUAUACCAAAGUGUCAAGAUACUUCAACGCACAAGCAGUGGAUUGUUGGAGAGAGUGACCAGGAUUCUAACUUCUCUGGAUUUUGCUCAGAACUUCAUCACAAACAAUAUUUCCUCUGUUAUUAUUGAGGAAACUAAGAAGUAUGGGAGAACAAUAACAGGAUAUUUUGAACAUUAUCUGCAGUGGAUCGAGUUCUCUAUCCGUGAGAAAGUGGCAUCCUGCAAACCUGUGGCUACCGCUCUAGAUACUGCUGUUGAUGUCUUUCUGUGUAGCUACGUUAUUGACCCUUUGAAUUUGUUUUGGUUUGGCAUAGGAAAAGCUACUGUAUUUUUACUUCCGGCUCUAAUUUUUGCGGUAAAACUGGCGAAGUACUAUCGUCGAAUGGAUUCGGAGGAUGUGUACGAUGAUGUUGAAACCAUACCCAUGAAAAAUAUGGAAAAUGGUAAUAAUGGUUAUCAUAAAGAUCAUUUAUAUGGUAUUCACAAUCCUGUUAUGACCAGCCCAUCACAACAUUGAUAGCUGACGCUGAAAUUGCUUGAGCAUCAGGAUACUCAAAGUGGAGAGGAUCAACUAUUUUUGGUAGUUUCUGGGCCUACAAGGACUUUCCAAAUCCAGGAGGAACGCCAGUGGUGACGUAGUGACUCAGGCAGGGAACAAGAAAAUGGCGUCAUUGGUCUCUGGGUAGCGCUUUAAGAAUGAACACAAUCACACUUACAGCCCAAGGUCCAUCACUCUCCAAGGAUGACUCCCUCCCACCCUAUUUUUGUUUUUUACUUUUUCAUACCAAGUUUCUAUUUAAACACUACAACAUACGGGGUGUUUGUUCCCAUUGGAUGCAUCUCUGUCAAAACGCUGUUCAAAUGUGAUGGCUAAGUUCUAACAUAUUGCCAUGUGUGGAGUGGCUAAACACACACUGGUUUACAGGAAAGAUGCAUUUUGUGUACAGUAAAUGGUGUAUAUACCUUUUGUUACCACAGAGUUUUUUAAACAAACGAGUAUUGUAGGAUUUUCUUCUAAAUGAGCUAAAUAAGUCACCGUUGACUUCUUGGUGCUGUUGAAAAUAAUCCAUUUCCACUAAAAGUGUAUGAAACCUACAGCAUAUUCUUUGUUCAGAGAAUUUUCAUCUAUUAUUUAUCAAAGAUUGAUCAUGUUCCAUUUGGAAAUGGCAUGCAGAAACAAUCACAGAGAAACCUGUGUAACUCCAUCUGGCAAAUUUAGAAUAGAAAGAGAGAUCUUGAGAGAAAGAAAUGCUGUUCGUUCAAAAGUGGAGCUGUUUUAACAGAUGCCAAUUACAGUGUACACUUUAACAGAGUCUUCUGUUGUAUUAGCAGGCAUCCCCAAACUACGGCCCGCGGGCUGCAUGCGGUCCCC